AUGUACCCGCCCGAUGAGCACGAGUUCGUGCUCAGGACACAGCGGGCGAGUACGAGGGUCCAGCAGAUCGCCGGCUCCCAACCCAACCCGGCCGGUCCCGGUAUGGAGCACACGCCCAUCGUGCACAGGCCCACGGCCUUCUCGGAAGCACCGCUGUCCGGCCCUGAGCGCCCGGGCGGAUACAACGUACCGCGGCGGCUGUCGAACAGCAGUGCCAGCUCAGCCACGAGCAGCGUGGUGUCCGGCAGCGACGGCUUCGACGGCCGGGCACGCAGCGCGUCGUUUAGCAGCAGCCAGACGAGCAUCGACUCCUGGCCGAACAGCCCGGGCGCCGCCAACCCGCGCCCGGUUUCGUCGCCCGUGACCUGGGCGACGCAGAACGGCGCGGCGGGGCCGGGUCCGAGCUACCCAUGGCACAGGCCGGCGCCCAUCAAGACGUACCGCCGGAAAGCGCAGCCCGGCGAGCUGUUCGCCGCGCUGCCGGGCGAGGUGCUGGAGUUCAUCCUGGAGGAGCUGCGCACGCUGCACCUGCAGCCGGGGAGCAGCAGCUGUGCGACGUGCUGGAUGCGCGACUGCUGCGCCGUCGCCGUCAGCGCCCGCAAGUUCCUCAAGUACGCCCGCGAGGCUCUGUAUCGCCACAUCCAGCUGGUCGGCCAUGAGGGCCCGAGCAUGAAGAAGAGGACCAAGACGACGUACGGGUCGAGACUGGUGCUGCUGCGACGGACGUUGAGGGCGAACCCCCAGAUCGCGGCCAUGGUGCGCUCGCUGAAGCCGCCGGCCCGGCCUCUCUCUGUCGGGGCCGUUGCGUACAACGAUCUGGUCGCCUCGGUGGUGAUGGCGUGCCCAAACCUCGAACGGCUGGUCGGCUUCUACCCGACCUACGACCACUCAUUUCAGCGGCUAUUUCACGCCCUCUCGACGAGGCCGAAACUGAAGGAGAUGAACUGGAUUCUGGAGCCGUCGCCGCUUCAACGACAGCAGAGGACGCGCUCGGCCGGCCCCAGCGACGACGACCACUGGAGACCGGCAGAACUGCAGCCGCAGGAGUCGCAGUUGUUCCUGGCCUUCCACUCGGAUUGGAGCCAGCUCACGAGCCUGGUCGUGCAUUGUCUACCAGGGGCGGCGCUGAGUCCCCCCAACCUGCUCGAGUGCGCCAUUCGGUCGCUGCCCUCGCUGCAGAACCUCUACCUUUCGCAGAUACCCCCCACGACGUUCAGCGAUACCAACCUCCUCUCGCUCCCCGCGCUCAAAAAGCUGUCUCUGAGUCACUGCCCCGGCGUGACAACUGCCGGCCUCUCGCUGCUCGCCACACGGCCCGCCAGCGCCUCGAUCCAGACGCUCACGCUCGUGCACAUGAACGUCGAGUCCCUCCCCGCCAUCGCCCGGAUCUUCUCCUACCUGCAUGAGCUCGAAACGUUCAAUUUCGUGCAGACCUACCCCCCCGAAAUGCCUCCCGACGAGCUCAUCAUGCUCUUCCCCUACCUCGCCUCGGCGUCCCUGCGCAAGCUGCACUGGGACAUCCCGUACCUCCCCACGGCCGCCGCCCCCGCCGACACCAUCCUCGCGCGGAGCAUCAGCGCCGGCGGCUUCCCCUCGCUCCGCGCCCUCUGCACGCCCCACGACCCAGAAGGCCUCUUCCAGGCGCUCUGCUCCCCGCGCGAUCGCAUCGACCACCCGGCAGACCGCUACCGCGCCGCCGCCCGCCCGCGCACCGCCAGCCCGGGGCCCGGCGCCUGGCACGGCUUCGGCCACACGCGCAACUCGUCCAGCUUCUCGUCCACCCGCACCGGCGGCAGCACCACCGCCACCACCCCCACCACGACCGCCUUCAACUUCCGCAACCCCUUCCCCGGUGGCAGCAACAGCAGCAGCAAUACCACCAACCACACGCCGCCCGCAAGCCCGCUCUUCCCGCCGCCCUCGCCGCUCUUCCCCCCGCCCAACAGCAACCUGGCGCAGGCGCGGCUCGCCGCGCAGGCACGCCUCGAGGCGGCGCAGCGCGGGCCCGCGCGGUACCUGGUGCACGUGACGGACGAGCGCGGCGCGCCCGUCGAGCGGCUCGCGGUGGGCGCCUUCCUGGGCACGGUCGAGUCGCGGGUGCGGUACGUGCUGGCGCCGGAGCCGGGCACGGGCGCGACCGACGAGGGCGGCGGGCUGGUCGGCGUCGAGGACAUGAUCAUGGGCGACGGCGGGGAGGGGCUCGGCGGGCUGGUUUCCUCCUCCUCCUCCGCUGGUGCUGAUGGUGGGAAUGCUGGUGUGGGGAGGAAGGGGCGGGGGAGACGGAAGAGUAGGGGGGAUAAGGAUCGGGAUAGGGAGGAGAGCGAUGUCGAGGGCUCUGGCGGCGGUGGUGGGCGGGAGGGGUGUCAGGGGAGGUGGAACACGUUUAGUGGUGCCGUGGUGGACAAAAAGGAUCGCGAGCGGUGGUGGCAUCAGGAACGGGGGCGGUGGAGGGGGGUGGUCCUUUCAUGA